AUGACCAGUAUACUGUCCGCGUCGGGCAAGUACCGCUCGCGGAAGGACUUCAGCACCGGCUCGAUACCGACGCUGGUGUCACUGGACGAAGAAUCUAGUCUCUCGACCACAACGACCACCUCGGUCAGUAGCGACACGGUCCUGAUGAACCUACGGUCAUCCGGUGGCAGCCGCCUAAUUGUCGACUCCAGUGCCAUCCACGGCAGCAGCGGCCUGAACAUCAAGAACGGACUCGCCGCGAAGCCACCGCGCCGCUCGUCCCUGGGCUUGGCCCUGCUCGGCGGCGGUUCCCGCUCCAACUCCGGCUCGGACAAGGGCAACAAACGCCGCAGCUCGAUCGCGGUCGUGUUUCUCGGCCGCAAGGACUCCCGCUCGUCCUCCUCGUCUACAGCGGUGGCCAACUCCUCCGGCGGCGGCAGUCAUCACCAUAAUGGUCACUACUCGAUCAGCACGAUCCCGGAGAAGUACAGCAAGACGGGCGAGUCGGAUAUCGAGAAUGACGCACCGAACACGGACACGUUCAGCAUGCCGUCGCCCGGUACACCUGGAGAACUGGGUUCCAACGGGGACGCUGCCGGCAGUGGUGGUGGCUACGACAAGAAGCGUCGCCGCUCGUCGUCCUGGCAGACCAAACUCGAGCGAAGGCGCCGCAAGGGUAUGAUGGCGGCCACACUCAACGGUGACGGUGGCACCCCGCAAGACGGGCCCGAUGGGUCACCGGCGAACGGCAACGGCGGCUUCUCGGCGGCUGGCUAUGGUUCGGCCAACGGGCUCGAGCUGCCGUACGGUGGCGGUGGAAAGUAUGGCCGCGAGAAGCGCCACUCCUGGUGGAAUAUCUUCGUUCCGGACAACCUCAAGCAAAGGACCCGUAGAGCUAGUCAGGAUGUGAUCCUUUCGAAAAGUUCGGAAACACUCAGUAGCCCACCCUACCGAAGGAGCAAAUCACGAAGUGUGGACCAUGGAUUAGCGGCACCGUUCGAUCUAGACUCACUACGCUCGAAGGUUGAGGGCAGAUUCGAAAGCAUCGAUCGGCUGUCCAAAGAUGGCGAGAAGAAGCGCUCCAUGCCCACGAUACCCACCGUUACGUACACAGUGAAGGACCGUGACACGCUGACCUCGGUAGCGGCCCGUUUCGAUACGACCCCGUCGGAGCUGACUCAGCUGAACCGUUUGGCCAGUUCGUUCAUCUACUCCGGCCAACAGCUGCUGGUGCCGGACAAGAAUGCCAAACCGAGCGCGGCGGCGGACGGUGAAUCCGACACCAGCACGGAACGCUCCUCCAACAGUCCCACCGAUGGGCGGCGCAAAGGCUCGCAGGAAGAUUUGUCACAAGAUGAAAAAGAUUUGCUGGAAGGGCUUCGUCCGGGAUCACCGAAGCCGGGUCACAUUGAGCGUGUCGCCUCACCAAACACCCAGAGCGGUGGCGGAGGCGGUGGUGGCGGUGGAGGCGGCGGCACCCGAACGGCGGGGGCCACCGGCGGCGACGAAGACGAUCCCGUCACCAUACAGCGCUUCUUGAAGAUCAACGUGCGACACAUUACCGAUGGCCAGGGGGUGGUGGGCGGCGUACUGCUCGUCACCCCGAACGCGGUCAUGUUCGACCCGAACGUGUCGGACCCGCUGGUCAUCGAGCACGGCCCGGAGAGCUACGGUGUGAUCGCCCCGAUGGAGUUCAUCGUGAAUGCGGCCAUUUUCAACGAUAUCGCACACAUGCGCGUGCAGGGUGCGGCCGCGGCCGCCGGCGGCAUCAACGAGACGGCCGAGAAGGCGGAAAUCUAUCACCCGGUGCCGGAGAAACCGUGCUCCCGCUGUGACACGCACUCCCCGGGCAAGGACUCGCUGCUGGUGAAGGACGAAACGUUCCCCGAGCUGGGCGUCGGGUCGGUCGAGGGUUGCGACGAUCAGGAGUCGAUCUGCUCGAGCAACAACGAGCGCGACGGUGAUGCGUUCCCGAAGGCGUUCGAACGGGACCUGGUGACGCCGAACAAUUUGCAGCGACUGCACGGCGAUUCGACCGAGAGCGGUGGCAGCUCGGAACCGAAACCAUCGUCGGCCGAACCGUCGCCCAGUCUGUUUCUGGCGUACGGCGAUCGGGACCACACACUCAACUCACUCGAGUCGUCGUCGUCGGACCACGCGAAGGCAGGCGAUAAGACUGACCAAAGCAAGAGCGGCAACCUAGAGGAUCCCACAAUGCGCUCGCUGGAGGACCGGCGAAGAAGUCUGCUGGAUCAGCACUGGGCCAUACCCAGCAAGGACAGAUUGAAAUGUAAUUGCGAUCAAUCGUCAUCUCGAAGAUCUCUCGACGACGAGGAGGCGGCCAGUACGGGCAGCGGGACAACGGCAGCCUCCAGCAACUCGACGGUCGGUGCCGGCUCGAUGGCUGGCCACCCGGUGGCCAUUCCUCCGAUCAUCGAAGCCGGCGACGGUCAGCUGGUAAAGCAAUCGUGCCACGAUUCCGGCAUCGACAUUCGCGACCCGAAUGCGGCGGCGGCCGCGGCAGCCGCCGCCAGUGGUGGUGCAGCGAUGCCACCUCUACCGAUCGUGGCCCCGAUCGCGACCAAGAAGGUGUACAGUGACGCCGACAUUGUGCUGAGUGCGGACUGGGUGCCGCCGCUUACGAUUGCUCCGACCCAUCUGCACGACAGUUCGCCGCGCAGCAGCAGCUCGCUCGGGUCCGCCUCGCACCACAGCGGCACCAUCCUGUCGUCGUCGGAAGCGGGUGGCCGGAAGAAGACUUCGAGCGUGAGCUUCAGCGUAGAGGAACACGAAGCACACGGUGCCGCCGCCGCCGGCGCCGGCACUGGCAGUGGAUCGUUCGAAAAGGGUUCCGAAACCAAGAAGAAUAAGAUGCUAAAGCGGCUAUCGUACCCGCUGGCCUGGGUUGAAGGGUUGACCGGCGAAGGUGGCGGCAGUAGCCACAAAUCCGACUCGAUUGAAUCCGCACCGAACACGGGCGACUCGAACCAGAGCGUAUUUUCAAAAGUAUUUUCAAGCUCACCGAUCACGUUGGUUUCGGAGCUGGGCGGGAAUUUGUUUUUGUCGAAAACACCAUCGGAAGACUCCGGAGGCUCACCGGUUCCACCGCUGACGCCGCACGAGGCGCAGGCCGGGUCGGCCGCCGCUGGACGAUCGUCCAUUGGCACGUUCAUACGGCAGCAUCCGAGCGAGGGUAGUGCGGCCAAGCAGAAGCAAGCACCACCGAAGCUGGACUACCGCUCGAUGGUUUCGAUCGAUGAUAUGCCAACGCUUUUCGUCAGUUUCGACAGAGCAGCGGUUCCUAAGCACACUCUUGGAUCGCUCUCCAUUCGCACCUUCCGCACACUGAAGACUGUUAGCGUACGCGCGUGUGUGUGUGCGCGUGAUUCUACCGACCGAUCGGCGAUCGUAGCUUAUUGUUUUACGCCAUCCCCCGACAAGCUGUCAAAAAUGACGACGAAAUCGAAAAUCAACCGGCUGACGAAAUAUCUCAAGACGAAGGUCCUGUCUAUGAGCACAGAUGACUACCGGAAAGCGACACUCUUUGCGUCCGGAUCGUUCGAUCAGGAGUUCCAAAUUCCGGACCUAGUGGGACAAACAGAAAUCCUCAGUGAAGAGCACAGAGAAAAACUGUGCGCCCACCUGCCGGCCCGGGCGGAGGGCUACUCUUGGUCGCUAGUGUUCAGCACGUCCCUGCACGGCUUCUCGCUGAACUCGCUCUACCGAAAGAUGCACAAGCUGGAGAGCCCGAUCCUGAUCGUGAUAGAAGACACCGACCAUAAUGUAUUUGGAGCGCUCACAUCCUGCUCACUGCACGUGUCGGACCACUUCUACGGAACCGGCGAAUCGCUGCUCUACAAGUUCAAUCCCCACUUCAAGGUGUUCCACUGGAGCGGAGAGAAUCUGUACUUCAUCAAGGGCAACCCCGAAAGUUUGGCGAUCGGUGCGGGAGAUGGAAAGUUCGGUCUCUGGCUGGACGGUGAUCUGAACCAGGGUCGAUCGCAGCACUGCAGCACAUACUCGAACGAACCGCUAGCACCGCAGGAGGACUUUGUCAUCAAAACGCUCGAAUGUUGGGCCUUUGUCUAAGCAAACGCGUCCGCACAGAACCAGUUGUGUAAAGAACCGUCUCUUCACCACCUGCCCCCCGCCCAUUUAAUUCGUCGCUAUUCCUCCCGGCCUGCCAGCAUCCAGGGGCUGGGGCGGUUUGGGGCUGCUGGUGCGCGCGACCCGACGGCCAUGAUGAGUAAUUGUGACAGAGGAUCGUUUGCAAAGCAAAAAUUAGCCAUCGAUUGCGGAGUGCGCGCGCACGCGGUGGUGGUGGUGGCCGCGACCGCAAAGGCGCGUCAGACAGAAGUGUCGUCUCACCACCGCACCGCGCAUAGUUGUAGCGUAAUUUAGGUGAAACAAAAAAAAACAAAGCCGCGCUUUUGCGGCAAUAGUUAAACAAAUACCCGCGGUAGCGGUUGUGUGCGUGUGAGGUGGUCUGUAAAGGGUGCGCUGGAACGCCCGGAAACGCCCGACCGGGGGCCGCAAGUUUGUAAAGGUUUGUGGGGCGGCGGAGGGCUGCAAAGAAAAGAGACCCCGUUUCAUCGGGGCAUCCAAUCCCCGAGCCCCCGAUGCCGAUGGGACAGAAGAAAUCACAAAUAAUUGUUGUUAUAAUGUAUAAGAAGAGGGGUCAAACGGGACAAGCGGAAUGAAAUUAUGCAGACGCGCGAAAGGUGGAAGAAGCGGAGCUAAAACCCAAGAUUGUACCAGGGUCCCUACCCUACAAAAAACCAAACGCGCGAAGAGUAUAUAUAUAUAUUUGAACAAGAAAAUUGUAAUCAAAGAGCAUAUGAUAUGUUGUUGGCCGGAGCGCAGGACCGGCCGGAAAAAGACAACCAUAGCCGGCAGUAGUACCUACCCAUACCCAAAAUGCAACAUUAAUCCCGCGUGCGAGAGAGCUGUAAAACUUCGGGCAACACACUCUUUUGAGGGGGACACUGAAUUGGCCAAAUUGUGUCCCCACCGACAGACAGACAGACAGAGGGAGAGUGCGAGAGUCCUUUCUAGAGUAAAUUGUAGGAAAAGCGAUACGAAUUGCUCGUUGUUGUGUUUUGUUGUUUCACUGUCGCCUUUAUUUACCGCGUGGAAAGACCGCGCCCGGCCCUAUCGAUGCAAAAACAAAAUCCUCAAACGCAAAAUCGAACUCUGGCACACACAGUAGCAAGCAGAUAAAUGUAUGUAAGCAGCAAAAGAAGAGUAGAGUGUGUGUGUGCGCGCCUCGAAGUAUAUGAGCCUCUCUAUUUGUUCAACCGCCUCUGGAAAGGAUACACGUGAAACAAAGGUAAACAAUACACCACACACACACACACCCACGACGGGGCUCUUUGGGGCGCUGUGUCACGGUAAAGGCAAAUCCAGUUCACAUACACACCCGCAAUUCGUCAUCGCAAACAAAGCAGCAGCAGCGCGCCGUAGAGGAACGAAAACGCUCUAAAACAUAUUUAUACUGUGUUACGUGUAGCAACUUAAUCGAACGAUAGAGGAAGAAAAAAAUAACACACAUUAUGCAUUAAACGGAACGGAUUAAAACGACCAUUUUGACUGUCAACCACCUGCGAAGGGAAGCGAGAAGCGCGCAGGACCUGCGUUACUGCGCCAGCGUGUGUGCGAGCGGAAGUGGAAAAGUAGGCUGCGAAAGAAACCUUUCCCGGGUUGUGUUGAUGGCUUUCUCUGCGACCGGAAGCAUGGCAGUUUUUCAAACCCUUGUGUGCCGCAACCCCGCUUGCUUUGAUACCCUUCUGUUUUUACAUCUGUCAACUU